AUGGAGUUUAUCGCGAACUUGUUUCCCGGCUCGUUCCAACCGAGUCUUCAACCUGCCAGCACUUGUCUCGAGUCCCACGGUGCCAUUCUCAAUGCCCUACCAGCUUCCCAUUCAGGAUUGAACGCAGUCUCCGUCAACCAAAAUCUCGCAGUGAUUCCUGGCGAUUGGCAAAGUGGAGAUAUAACUUCCUCUUUCUACGAUGUCACCCCAACAGAACCUUGCGUAGCAGCGGCAUUUGCUGAGAUCAAGAACUCCGACUUCAUUGCUUUCGACGACGCCUUCUUGGACGUGCUGGGACCAGGGGCAAAGCUCGAGCGUAUAGAAUCGUUUUCCCCUGAUCAGUGGCACGUUAACGAAGCGCCCGUCUACCUGCCCGAGAGCAACGAGCUGCUCUAUUCCGAUACUUCCCUAGCAGGGCUUCUGUAUGCCAUUAACAUUGAUACUCAUGAGGUCCGACAGGUUCCUUCGGACCCACCAUUGCAAAACGUUAAUGGAGGAACAUAUCACAGAGGAAAGGUCUACGUCGCCACGAAUGGGGGCACGGUGCGAGGGGUUUUCGAACUCAACGUAACGACCGGUCGUACAGAAGCCAUCGUCAACAACUACCGCGGCCGACAUCUCAACAGUCCAAACGAUUUGAUCUUCGAUUCAAGGUCGAAUAUGUAUUUCACGGACCCGACAUAUGGCCUGGCGCAGAACUGGCCCGGCGUGCAAGCCCCUGAGCUUCCCAAUGCCAUCUAUCGAUUCCACCCUCACACGAAAGCAUUGCAAGCUCUUUCCAACUCUGCGGUUAUGAUGCCGAAUGGGCUCGCCUUAUCCGCCGACGAGAAAACUCUCUACGUCGCUGACUCCAACUCGUCCAGCCUAGAGCUCUCUAGCCAACGAGCUGUCUUUGCCUUCGACAUCCGGCAAGGCGGUCUGCUGGAUAGCCCGAGGCUAAUUUACCAAGUCGAAUCAGGCUGGCCAGAUGGACUGAGAGUGACGGUGAGUGGACUGUUGGUCAUCGCAAUUGCUGGAGGCGCCGAUUGCGUUGACCCCAACACGGGGGCGUUGGUGGGCAGAAUCAAUACUCCAGACGAUAUCAUCUUCAACCUCGAACCUGCUCGCGGUAAAGGGUUCUGGCUCCUGACGGGCAAGAAGCAUAUCUAUAAGGCCACGAUCAAGGAGGGUCCGGUCGAGUCUUGGGUUGCGGGCAAUCCGCCCAUCAUCCAUCAGGCUUUGAACAAAAUUGCCGGUCUCUGGAAGAAGGAGCUUUGA